AUGGCUUCUAACGACGUCGUACACGCCGAAACCGACCCCGCUGUCUAUGACGAGUACCGCGAGAAGUGGUCUGCUCUCCCCGAGGAUGAGGCUGGCUGGCUCCAGCGCGCCAAGGAUGUCGGCGCCGUCCUCGAUGUCGAUGCUGCCCAGCGUGAGAGGGAGAAGAAGUCCCCCAGGGCGGAGGUUGCGUUGCUGAAGCAUUCCGGUCUCACCAAGAUCCUUGGUCCUAAGAAGUAUGGCGGCGGUGAGCAGCCAUUGAGCUUGGGAUACAAGGUCGUUCGCGAGGUUGCCAAGUCGGAUGGAUCCAUUGGUAUGCUUCUCGGCUACCAUCUCCUCUGGUCUCUCACUGGAAACAUUGUCGGUAGCGCCGAGCAAGCCGACCGUCUCCAGGAGCUCAUCAUUACCAACAACUACUUCCUCGGAGGUGCUGUCAACCCUCGCGACGGCGAUCUCAAGAUCACCGAGGAAGGGGACAACAUCGUCUUCAACGGCUUCAAGAACUUCAGCACCGGCGGUGUCAUCUCCGAUCUGACGGUAUUGGAGGGUGUCUUGGAGGGCACCGAGAACCACAUCUUUGCCGUCGUCAAGUCCGACCAGCUCCAGUUCCAGCGCAACUGGAACAACAUCGGCGUGAGGCUUAGCGAGUCCGGAAGCGUCAAGAUCGAGAACGUCAAGGCGCCCUGGACUGAUGCUCUCGGAUGGAAUGUUGAGAAGAAGGAGCCCGACCUCUCUAUUCUUGGCAUCCCCUGGGCCACCCUCUUGCUCCCCGCUAUCCAGCUCAUCUUCUCCAACCUCUACCUUGGCAUUGCCCAGGGUGCAGUAACCACUGCUGCCAAGUAUACCAACAGCACCACUCGCCCGUGGCCCUAUGGCGGUGAUAACAAGGAAAAGGCCACGGAUGAGUUCUACAUCCUCAGCAACUACGGCAACUGGCAUGCCCACCUCCGCGCCGCCGAAGCGCUCGCCAACGUCGCCGGCCAAGAGAUCGACGUCUUCUAUAAGAAGGGCACUCCUGACAGGACCAAGGUUACCGCUGCCGACCGCGGAGAGCUUGCCGAGACCAUCGCUAGCCUCAAGGUCGUGACUACGGACACCGGCCUGCGCGUCACUAACGGCGUCUUCGAGGUCACCGGCGCUAGGGCCACGUCUUUCAGGGUCAACCUCGACCGAUUCUGGAGGGAUAUCAGGACGCAUUCUCUGCAUGAUCCUGUUGCGUACAAGAAUAGGGAGUUGGGCAGGUACCAGCUCCUCGGUGAGAUUCCUGAGCCUACCUGGUAUACUUAG